GCCACGCCAAUUGCCAUGGGGCAACAGUGGAGCUAAGCCUUUGGCGCCAUGUGGGCUACCCAGCACAGGCCGAACCGGCUCUCAAUGUCGCAAUCAGCGGUGCAGCUGCGCUCCCUGCCACGCUUGCACAGCUGUGAGCAGCAGGGAUCUGAGCGUGUUGGUAAGGCUGAGGAGUAUAUGUAUUUGCAAGUGAAGAGAAGUCACUGGCCCACGCUGAGCCCUGAUUGUCGACUGUGGACACUUCGAGAUUUUGCGCUGCAGCAUUCGAAUUGGGAUUCCUUCACAGACAAAGGCAAGUUGCGGGUCAUCUAUGAACUUGGCGCUCUCCUUUGUGAGUCGGGCGACAAGCUCAAAGAGGAUGCGAUGUUGAAGGCACGCAACGACCUACAGCUGGCCGUGACUGAGGCAAGACAGCUCCCGCGUGUUGUGCGUUCGGACAAACUUCGUGCCACCGCGGUGGCGGGGCUUUGCGAAGGCUUGAAUUUGCCGAGCGCGGCACGGCGCCUCAAAGAGGCCCUUGGUGCUGCGAAACGAGAGGAGUAUGACACGGCAAAUCUCUUCAACCUCGCGAAGAAGUUUCAUUUCAAAGGCUACAUUCGAAAGAUAGAAGACAGGUCUAUCACAGUCACACAACUUCGGCGUGUGCUGAAGUAUUGUUCGGAGGUUUGUCAUCACUGGUAUGAGCUUCCCAAGGAUGAGGUGGCCAACCCGAGUGCAGGGGGCCCACCGCUAAGCAUGGAGGUGUUGAAUCUGUAUCACAUCGACAGUUGGCUGAUUUGGCCGGCAACGGAGGCAUAUCGAAGCUCCUUUAUCGAACUUAUAGCCGAGCAGGCCCAGCCCGCCAACUGGUGUGUGAGUCACUGCUGGUCACAACCGCACACCUCCUUGGUGGAAUGCAUCAGUCAACAUGUGCAGACGAGGUCAUUGCAUCGCUCAAGCAACUUCUGGAUCUGGGCCUAUGCUCACAGGUCUGGAUUUUGUGACGCGUUGAGCCUGGCGGAGGGUCGGCUCUUGUUGGUGCUGCAGGACGUGCAAGACGGGGCUGCUGUGCAGAGCACCCCCUUCGACCGCCUUUGGUGCAUGUUCGAGGUUUGGCAGUGUUUGGCUAUGGGCCGUGACCGUGCGAUGACGCGCACCCCUUUGGAUCUGGCCGUUGGGGCGCCAUGUGAUGGUGGUGGCUGUGAGUUGAUGAGGUCUUUUCUGGCAACAAGGCACGCACUUCUUGAGAUGCAAUCCAAGCUGGCAGCCAAUGUCAUGACCUACAACCUGACGGAGACCGAGGAGGUUUUCAAGUCUCGCCUGUCAGACUUGAGAUUCUCAAGUCUGGUCCUUGUCAGUCUGGUUCUUGCCUAUCUGGAAUUCUACGUGGAACUCACAUGGAGGUCCUGGCACUCUGAUCCAAUUUGCUGCUCUGGCACAGUGUUCGUUGUAGCAUCCUUCGUGACUCAAUCCUGCUUUCCUUCCUGCGUCACCUCGACCUCAAUGGCGAUCCUUGCUGCCGGCAGCGCUACUCUCCAAGACAACCAGGCCGUUGUCAGUCACGCCGGGCCAGCAGCCACAGCCUACACAAGGCCUGAGGACCGGGUCAUUACCGGCCAGGUGCCCGUCCACGAAUCAAGGCAGCCGGCUACGACUCAGCCUGUCGGGUCUUGCCGGCUUUGGAGGAUCGAGCGGCGUCUCCCACUUCAAGUUCCACGAACACUUCGAGCUCCUCUUCGUCAUCCUCCUCUGAAUUCGAAUGCGGGGAAGGGCAAGGGCCGGGGCUUCGAAAUCCAGACUUGGGGCUCCAGUCAGAUCACGGCGGACGAUGAGCUACGUCAGGCAAUGGAUUGUCGAUCUCCUGGCAGUGGAAGUGCGGAGAAAGCCCUCAGGGAAAAGGACUUUCCCGUCUCUGUGAUUGCGGCAAGUCUCCAACAGCGUUUGGAAGUGGCCGAGAUGUCUUGGGACGAGGACUGUGGAGAUGGCUAUGGUCUUCAACAUUGA